AUGGAGUGGGUGAAGUUAUUACUGGCUCUCGGAGCAGUGGCUGUUGUUUCCCAGGCUGCGAGACAUCCCAAACUUCCACCAUAUCUUUUGGGACGGCCAACUGCUCAUGGAUUCGUAAGACACGGUGACCGGUUUUUUGACAACUUCGAUACCCCAGCCACGAAUUUGGUCAGAUCCAAUGUUACUCAAAAGGUUGACAACUUUGAUGCAACCAAUGGUGCCACGUACAUUCAGAGAUACUGGUACAACUCAAACUUCACUCAAAACAAGAAUAUUGUCUUUUUAAUGAUCCAAGGAGAAUCUCCAGCCACUGAUACCUGGAUCAGUAACCCCAACUAUCAGUAUUUGCAAUGGGCCAAGGAAUUUGGAGCUGACGUUUUCCAACUAGAGCAUAGAUGUUUUGGAAAAAGCAGACCGUAUCCAGAUACCUCGAUGCCUGGAAUCAAAGUUUGCACAAUGUCGCAAGCAUUGGCUGAUAUCCAUAGUUUCAUCGGAAAGAUGAACGAUAAAUACAACUUUAGAAACCCGAAAUGGAUUACCUUUGGAGGAUCCUAUCCAGGAACUCUUUCUGCAUUGUUCCGUCAGCAGUACCCACAAGACACUGUCGGAGCUGUUGCUAGCAGUGCUCCGUUGGACUGGACUCUUGACUUUUUUGAGUAUGCCAUGGUUGUUGAAGAUGUUUUGAAACAAACGAGCACUCAAUGCUGGCAAAAUGUGAACCAAGCCUUUACCAACAUGCAACAACUCAGUCUCACAAAAACAGGAAUCCAACAACUGAACAAAUACUUUUCACUCACUCCAGCAUUUGUUGACGGACAAUACACCCAACUUGACAUUGACAACUUCUUUGCAAAUGUGUACAGUUACUUCCAGGGAGUCAUUCAAUACACUUAUGACGGAAGAAAUGCGGCCACAUUGGGAGGAUUAAAUGCUCAAAAUUUGUGCGUUAAAAUGAAUGAUGCUACUACUCCAGAUGUUAUUACUCGUGUCAAGAACACCAUUGACUGGGUCAACACAUUGAAUGGAGAUCCAGUCGGUGGACUUGACAACUCUUACACCGAUAUGAUUGCUGUAUUGGCUAAUGCAACCUACGACGAUUCAGGAGACAUCGCUGCUAACCGAGGAUGGAUGUGGUUGUGCUGUAAUGAACUCGGAGCUCUUCAGACUACUGACCAAGGAAGAAACAUUUUCCAGCAAACUGUUCCAAUGGGAUAUUACAUUGACAUGUGCACGGCUAUGUUUGGAGCCGAUGUCGGUAUCAACUUCAUUCGCGACAACAACAAACAGACUUUGUACAAAUACGGAGGAGCUGACAACUACCAAGCGACUAAUGUUGUCCUUCCAAACGGAGCAUUCGAUCCAUGGCAUGUUCUCGGAACAUACAACAACAACACCGCUAACCACAUGACACCACUUCUCAUUCAAGGAGCUGCCCACUGUUCCGACAUGUACCCAACAUAUGCAGGAGAACCAGCUGAUCUUGCAAAGAACAGAGCCAUCAUUCACGAUGAGCUGAAAUACUUCCUAGGCCUCUCCUCUUAA